AUGUAUAUGCACAUCAAUGAAAUGGAUUUGAUAUUGCCAUCUACAAAAACUAAUGGAGCUUUAUGGUUAGGUAAUAUAAAGUCUGCUUAGAAUAUUAUCAAUCUAAGUAAGGAAAAUAUACGUACUGUAAUUACAGUAGCUAAUAAUGUUAAUUUAAGCUAUCCUAAACAUUAGAAAAUUAUCCAUAAAGUAUAAUUUAUCAAUAUUAUUAGGUUUUUAAAAUUCAUGAUAAAGAAAAUGUAACUAUUUAAGAACUGAUCGAAAUGACUAAUGAAGAAAUAGAAGAAGCUAUGAAAAUUGGAUCUGUAUUAGUACAUUGUAUGGCUGGUAUAUCUAGAUCAGCUACAUGUGUAAUUGCUUAUUUAAUGUAUCAAAAUAAAUGGGUAUUUGAGAAAACACUUAAAUUUGUUAAAUCUAAAAGACCCUGUGUAAAUCCUAAUGAAGGAUUUAAAAAAUAACUGAUUUCUUAUUCAAAUGAAAUUUAAAAGAAAUUAUUACCUUAAUAACAAACAUAAUAAAUUGAAAAUCCUUUAGCUAAAUUAAGAAGAUAAUUACAUUAAUCUCCAGAAGAUUUGAUAAAAAAUACAUAAUUAGCUAAAUCUCCUAGACAUGAAAUUAAAACAUUGACAAAGAAUUCUACAGAAGAAGAGAAAUAAUAAUAUAGAUAAUAAUUAGCUUAAAAAUUAUUUGUUAAUACAUUUUCUACUACUGAACGUAGUCGAUAAUAAUUAAAAACUCUACUUACAAAUAAAUCUGCAAAUAUUAAAGGAUGUAUAAGUAUGUACAAAUAAGUAGAAGAAUAAAAAUUGAGUGGAUUUUUAUCUGAUAGAUUAAAUUGA